AUGGACUCCAGCCCGCUGCGCACCGUCUUCUACGCGGCCAUGCUCACCGGCUGCGCCGUCGUCUGCCUCCUGCAGUGCGUCACCCAGUUCAACCUGUACUGGAGUGAGCCGGCCGCUAUGACCGUCACCAUCCAGAAGGGCGAGAGGGUGCUGUUCCCGGCCUUCACCGUCUGCUCCUCGCGCAAGUUCAGCCGCAGUCGAGUCCAGGCCAUGGGGCUGCUCAACAAGCGCGGCACCAACGUCGACUGGAACCGCUUCCCGGCCAACGAGUCGGUGGAGGCGUUCUGGCUGGAGGCCGGCACGCACCUGGAUGAACUGAUCAACGUAUACUUCCAUGGCAACGAGCCGCCAAUCAUGCAGUCGCGCUACUUCAACGUGGCCGACCACCCCAAGGUGAAGCUGUUCCCCGGCGACAUCUCCAACGUGGACGUCACCGGCCGGAGCGCCGUCUUCAAGUCGCUGAAGCGUCGCCCCUGCCAGCCGCAGCGUGGCUACACCGAGACCAAGUGUACGGAGCGCUGCAUGUGGCAGCACGAAACGGGCCAGGUGGGCUGCCGCGCGCCCUGGAUGGCCGGCCUGACAUCGGCGCCGCCUCUCUGCAGCACUCCCCGCGACCUGAUGGACAUGCAGAGUCCGCCGGCCGUCAAACGCGGCUCCGUCGCGUGCCCGCACUGCGAGCCCUCCUGCUGCACCGAGAUGUACCAGGUGCAGGUGAGCUCUUCUCAGCACGCGGCCGGCAUGGCCAACAGGGGCACCUGCAAGAUGCUGGCGCGCUGGCCCUACCAGAUGGAGCUCUCCACCGAGGAGUUGACCUACGGCCUGAGUGGGCUCAUUUCGGACGUGGGCGGCAACAUGAGCCUGCUGUUGGGCGUCUCCGUCAUCAGCAUAGUCCAGGCCAGCGAGAUGCUGCUGAAGGUGAUGCGACAGCGCCUCCAAGCUCUGCACAUGGCCUGCCUAACCAGGGUAGCGCCGCCGUCGUGCCCGAAAAAGAAGCCGGCGUCCCCUACACGCGAUGUGGCCGGCGUGCCGGUGACGCCGGCCGGCUGGCCAGCCCUGAAGACGUCGAAGGUGCCCGGCAGCGCGCGCUACCAGUCACCGGCCGCCUGA